AUGGUUUUAUUAGUGGCCACGAAAAGAAUUGAGCGAGCAUUAGAGACCUAUAAUGAGCUAGAAGGUUCUGUCAGCAAAAUUGAUGAAGCUUUAGAUAAAAAGGAUGAAAAUAAAGCGUUGACAACCACUGCAAGUACUUCUCAAAGAGAGCCUGCAAUCGAACAUGACCGUCUUGUCAUCAUAUCCAAGAGUCUGAUUGCCAGGUACCCUGACAAUGCAGAGUAUAGGCUAGCGGCAUUAGUUAAGGGCACUUAUGUAUAUAAUCCUCCGAAGCCGCCAGCUCCCCCCAAAUCAGAAGAAUUUUUGAAACAAAUGGAACGCCUCCGAAAUGAGGAGGCGGAAAGGGAAUACCAGAGAAUGAUCAAUCCUGAGCUGGCCUUAGCUAUUUCUUCUGGUUCUGAAUCAGUUCCAUCCAUCGGUCAAGAGGCAAAGCAGUUAAAGGAGCAAUUAUCGGCGAUUGUAAAUAUAAUGGUGUCUGUUGCGUCAGUUGCAGCUGCCAUAUGGUACUGGUCUGGUUCGUCUGCUGGGUUUUCAACACCUACACGGACAUUAUUGAGUUUAUUCGGAGCAAUAACUGUUCUUAUAGCAGAGGUAGUUGUCUACCUCCGCUACAAGGUAAGAGUUGAAGAGGCAAAGGUGCUUGAAAGAAAUAAGAAGGAAAAGAAGAGUAUUGUGUCAACAGUUGAUCUAGCUGAUUCAGCCCAAAGCAUUAUUUCGCUGAACCUUGAUAACUCCAGUACCUCAGUCGAUACUUCGAAGGACAAACUUUUAUCAAAGAAGUCUAAAUCGGACAUGCGCAAAAGAGGCAAAAAGUCUUGA